AUCUCCCCCCUUUCCCGGCUCUUGUUGUCGCGAGAUCCCGGCUUCGGUCCCGGUCCCUGACAGCGGCCGCGGUGACAGCGGCGCAGCUGGACCGAGCGAUGGCGGCCCUCCGGCGGCUGCUGUGGACGGCACCGCGGCGCCUGGGACCCUCUUUGCCCGGGCCGGGGCCGGGGAGGUCUCUGUGGGGGCGCCCGGGAGCGGAGAGCGAGGCGGCUGCGGAGUCUGAGCGGCCGGAGGGACGGGAGGAGGACGAGGAGGCCUGGCAACGGCGGCGGCGGCGGCGGCGGCGCUGGGGGGAGCUGGGCGCGGCGGCCGCCGCUGGGGGCGGGCUGGUGGGCGCCGUGUGCCACCGCUUGUACGGGCCGCGGUCCCCGCCCGCGCCAGAGGAGCCGAGCCCCGAGCCCGCCCCCCCGCCCCCCGCCGCGCGCCUUCCCCUCGCCGUGGCCGCCGCCGCCAGGGACAGCACGGUAGCUGCUGGUAAAGCAGAUUUGGAAGAUCUAGAUGUCUUUGCCACUUCUCGGGAGAGGCGGUUUCGUUUAUUUGCUUCUUUAGAAUGUGAAGGUCAAUUAUUCAUGACUCCACAGGAUUUCAUCCUGGCUGUUACAACUGAUGAGCCCAAAUAUGUUAAACAGUGGAGAUCACUUUCGAAACAGGAAUUAAAUGAAAUGCUUAAAGAAACACCACCAGCUUGGAAAGGAUCAUCAAAACUUUUUCGAAAUCUUAAGGAAAAAGGUGUGAUUUCUUACACAGAGUACCUGUUUCUUUUAUGUAUUUUAACAAAGCCUCAUGCAGGUUUUAAAAUAGCUUUCAAUAUGUUUGAUACUGAUGGCAAUGAGAUGGUGGAUAAAAAGGAGUUUUUGGUGCUUCAAGAAAUAUUCAGGAAAAAAAAUGAAAGAAGAGAAGCAAAAGGCGAUGAGGAAAAGCAUGCACUGUUGCGUGUUCAACUUUAUGGACUCCAUGCCUCUCCUAAUAAUGUGGUUAAAACAGGAGAACUCAUCUCCAGAAGCUACUGGGAUACACUGAGACGGAACACGAGCCAGGCACUCUUUUCGGACCUCACCGAGCGAGCAGAUGACAUCACAAACUUAGUAUCAGAUACUACACUACUUGUACAUUUUUUUGGAAAGAAAGGCAAAGCUGAGCUCAACUUUGAAGAUUUUUACAGAUUUAUGGACAACCUGCAAACAGAGGUUCUAGAAAUUGAGUUUCUUUCCUAUUCCAACGGCAUGAACACUAUCAGUGAAGAAGACUUUGCUCACAUUCUGUUGAGAUAUACAAACAUAGAAAACACAGCUGUGUUUUUAGAUAACGUUCGCUACAAUAUAAUGGAAGAAAAGGGCAUCACAUUCGAUGAAUUCCGGUCCUUUUUCCAGUUUCUGAACAACUUGGAGGAUUUUGCGAUCGCGCUGAACAUGUACAACUUUGCAAGUCGCUCCAUAGGGCAAGAUGAAUUCAAACGUGCUGUCUAUGUGGCCACCGGCCUGAAGCUCUCGCCCCAUCUGGUGAGCACCAUCUUCAAGAUUUUUGAUGUGGACAAAGAUGAUCAGCUGAGUUACAAAGAAUUCAUCGGCAUUAUGAAAGACCGGCUGCAGAGAGGAUUCCGGGGCUACAAAACGCUUCAGAGGUAUCCCACUUUCAAAUCCUGCCUGAAGAAAGAACUCCACAGCAGAUAGGUACUUCCCAGGGGCGGCUUAAAGGAUGAUUGUGCCAUCUGAGUGACCCGGACAGACCUUUCAGAGCCCACAGAAACCACUUCACCACCAGGAGAUGCUGAGAUAAGGAAAGAUGAAAAGCUGCAAAAACAAUGUAUUCUGUUUGUCAUCAAUUCAUAUCCAUUUGAGUUGGAGAUCCCCAGCCUAUCAGCCGUGAUUCACUGACUUGUUCUCUGUGCACUUCUUCCCAUUCCCUUCUCAAGGCAUAUAAAGUCUAAGGGAUUGACCGAGGAACAUGUUAAAGACGUGUCCUUUGUGUUCAUUCAUUCAUUCAUUUGUGGGAGACUCUCCCAUCAGUGAAAACAGCAGGUGCCUCACGAAAUAGUGGGCCAUGGGGGAAGACACAUGUUUUGGAUCUUAGGGAAGGGCACUCACCCGUCUCGGUGACUAGUGCAUGUCCUUGGGCCCAGCUCUGCAUGAACAAGGGUCAUAGUCUAUGUUGCCCCAGCCUCGUUCUUUCCUGAUACAGCCUCGAGCCAGGAGCUGUGAUGCACUUUGGACUUUCAGAGGGCUGCAUGAAUGGGAGUCAUUGUGAGAAUCACAAGAAACCCUCAUGCUGCCCCACACCUGUCGGCCAGGUAUCCUAACUCUCCAGAGAUCCGCCCUUGUAGUGGUCAGAGCCUCUGGAGCAUGUGCCCGCCCCUGGGGCAGGUUGUCCUUCUGUCUUGUAUUGCAUGAGAAUAGCUCGUUUCUAUUCAGGUGAGAGUUAGCCUAGAUUAAUAGUUUGUUUGGAAAGAAUGUCUGUAUCGUAUUUAUUGGUAAUAAUUUAUUCUUUCUUGAAAAAGGACCACAUUAAAGGCACUUUCCACAGCAAGGUUGUUUUUAAGUAAGCAUUAAACAUCUAAAUGUAGAAUUCAUUAUUUUUAAAACAAUCUGUCUUUGAAGGACAGAAAAGUAAAUCUCUUUUAGAAACAAUGAAAAUUAGCUUUGCAAGCAAAGAAUUGAUGCUUCUUGAUUGAUUACUGGAAGUCUGAUUAUUGUAUAAAAAAAC